ACAUAGAAGGCCUGGUGCUGCACCACCUGUUCUGGGAAUUGGGCCCAGUCCAGCCUCCUUUACUUGCCUCUGCCAUUUAUUAGAGUCCUGGUUCCAUUUUUUGCUUCCAUCCUUUUCAAGCUCACGAUGCUCCGGCUGCUGAGCUCCCUCCUCCUUGUGGCCCUGGCCUCAAGCUCUGACCAUCUUUCCCACAGCCCCACCAGUCACACAGUCAGUGGUGAGGACGCAGUGCCCCACAGCAAGCCCUGGCAGACUCUCUUGCAGUAUGAGGUGAAUGAGGGCUGGUUCUUCAUUUGUGGCGGGACCCUCAUCAACCUUGACUGGGUCCUGACUGCAGCCCACUGCGUCUCGAGCUCCAGAACAUACCAGGUGGUGUUGGGUGAGUAUGACCGGACAGUGAGGGAAGGACCAGAGCAAUUCAUCAAUGUCACAGACGUCUUUGUGCACCCACGAUGGAACUCGAGUUGCGUGGCCUGUGGGAAUGAUCUCGCUCUCCUCAAGCUGUCGCACAGUGCUGAGCUGACACUGCAAGUCCAGCCAGCCUGCCUCCCUCCUGCAGGCUGCAUCCUGCCCCACGGGACGGAGUGCUGCAUCUCUGGAUGGGGCUCUACCUACACUGGUGGGCCACUCCCUGACAAGCUGCAGAAGGGGCAGCUGCCCAUGGUGAACUACACGUACUGCUCCCAGCCGGACUGGUGGGGCUCUACCGUGAAGGAGACCAUGGUGUGCGCUGGCGGGGAUGAAGUCUCUGCCUGCAAUGGUGACUCUGGAGGACCCCUCACUUGCCCCGGAGUGAAUGCUGAGUGGGAGGUUCAUGGUGUCACAAGUUUUGUUUCUGGCUUUGGCUGCAACACAGAGAAGAAGCCCACGGUGUUCACGCGUGUGUCAGCCUUCAUUGACUGGAUUGAAGAGACCAUUGCAAACAACUAGGAACAAGGCCCAGGUGCCAGUGCUGAUCUCACAUCUUCUAAAGAUUGAAGAUCUCUCAGAGUCCUGAGCUGGAUCUUCCUUCAUGGACUCUUCUGCGUUGGCCUGACCCUAAGGUCUAAGAACUGCAGCAGAGUGAAGCAUAGCUCCAGCAAGGCCACACGUCAAUCACUGUCAAUAUUGUGUGUCCCAUCGUUCUUCCCUCAGAGGGAACAUGUACUGUUUGCAUUUAGUGUUUGGUUCAGAAGGUCCUCUGCUGUUUGCAACACAGGUCUCCUACACAGAAGCACCCAUUCAAGUUCCAGCUACCCUACUUCCAACUCAGCUGCUUUUCAAUGGGUCUGGAAUAGCAGUGAAAGAUGCCCAGGUUCUUAGAUCUCUGGUACACCUGUGGGAUAUUAGGGUGGAGCUCUAUGUUCCUGACUUCUGCCUGGCCCAUCGCUGGCUUUUGUGCCAUUUGGGAAGUUAGACAGUGGAAAGAAAAUCUCUUUUUUCCCUGUUGCCAUUCUGUUUUUGAAAUAAAUAAAUUAAUCUUUCCAUACUUGGAUUUGACAUGAGGGGGAGGAGUGGGCAGGAGUUCUGAAACCACACAGACUUUUAAUAGAGUUAAAAAGGUCAAACGUCCACUGCUUCCUGUUGAGCAAGAGCAGUUCCAUUGUGGAAUUUUCCAAAAUAACUUUAGGAUAAGAGCAGUGAGAUCUGAUGGGCAGGCAGUGUGCUCCCAGGGGAGUUUCACCCAGGCUCAGGAGAGUGCCAGGAACUGCUAUGACCCCUUCUUGCCACACACGGGUAGCGGUGCAACAGAUUUUGCUAAAAUCUGCCAAGAAUUUGGUCAACAUUUCAAAUCAUCUUUUAAAAUAUCUUUAGUCACAAAAAUUCAAUCUUUAAAAAAACUAGUCAUAUAUAUUCUGGUUGUGGUGUUAUGGCUUUGUGAAUUAAUCUGCCACCUGUGGUACAAUCAUCUCAUAUUGAUUUGUUGA